ACUACACCAACCACCACACCAACAACUACACCAACAACCACCCCGACAAUCACCCCGACAACUACACCAACAACCACCUCUACGACCACCUCAGCAACUACACCGACAACCACCUUAACGACCAGCCGGACGAUCACCCCAACGACAACCCCGACAACCACCCCGACGACCCCUCCAACGACCACCUCUACAACCACAGUGACAACGACCUUAACAACUAGCUCCACAACUACAUGUCCUUGCAACAUUAACGAAACUAAACAGUGCACUGGAACAUGGAAAGAAAACUGUACUAUUAAAAGAUGUGAUCAAGGAAAAAUUGUCAUUGAAAAAGACUGCAAACAGGAGAAGCCGACAUGUCCUGAUCAUUUAAAGCCCAUUGAAGUAAUAAAUGAAUGUGGCUGCGUGUCUUGGGAAUGUGGAUGUGAAUGUAGAGUAUGGGGUGAUCCACACUAUAUGUCCUUCAAUGGGCUGUAUUAUAAUUUCUAUGAAAACUGCACAUAUAUUCUAGUGGAAGAACAAAAUCCAAUAUACAAUUUCACAGUUCUAGUGGAUAAUUACUUCUGCUUUCCAUCGAUCCCAUUUUCCUGCCCAAAAGGACUGAUUAUUUUUCAUAGAGGGAAGAAGAUCACUAUUUCUACUAAUCACAACUUUGUGCUGAGGGUUAAUGAAAAGCCAGAAAGAAUUCCCUACACAUCAGACGAAAUCACGAUAGAAAUUCGAAAUUUGAAGAAUGUGCGUCUUUAUUUCAAUGAUAUUAAAACAACUAUUAUAGCUGCUCAGAAUUACUUUAAAAUCAUCGUGCCUGCAAAGAUUUUCUACAACAAUACCCAAGGACAGUGUGGCUCUUGCUCAAAUAGUAUAGCAGAUGACUGUAUGCGACCAAAUGGGGUAAUUGAGCCAACUGAUUGUUGCCAUAAAACUGCACUUGAUUGGAAGUUUGAAGACCCCAGAAAACCAUAUUGCCAAUCAGCUCCUCAAGGGGUAUCAUGUGAACCACCUACAACCACCACACCUUGCACUUCCAAGUCGAUUUGUGAUGUUAUUCCAGACAUACUAACUGAAAACUGUAGCAUGGUUGACCCUGAGCUGUUCUGGAAAAGCUGUAAUUCUGACCAUUGCCUGAUCAAUUCGACAGAACUAGACUGUAUGAACAUACAAACAGCUGCUGACAUAUGUAGAGUAAAUGGAUGCGUUGACUGGAGACCUUCAGCACCUGAAUGUCCUUUUACCUGCAGAGCGCCGCUGGUUUAUAAGCCUUGUGAAAUGAAACAAGACGAUUAUUGUGAGCAGAAUACAUUGAAGAAAGGGUUAAAGUUGGUCACUUAUGAAGAAGGCUGCUUUUGUCCAGAUGGAAUGAAGCUAUCUGAAAACAAAACUGAAUGUGUUUCUACAUGUUGCCUGGACUCCAAUGGAAGUAGGAGAAAUGAAGGUGAAAAGUGGGUUGAUCCCAAUGACGGUUGUGUUUCCUACACAUGUUUUGAGUAUGGAGUUGCAACAAGAGUAAUAACUUGUUCCAACCAAUCUGAUUGUGAUGAGUCUCAGAAAAUGUGGGAUGAAAAUAAAUGCUGCUACAAAUGUGUGCCACCAUCAGUACAUCGUACCUGUGAAACACUGAAACGCAAAGAAAAUGUCACGAAAACCGUGAAUAAUAGUCAAUGCUCAGCAGAAAUUGACGUCAACAAAUGUGAAGGCAAUUGUUCUACAUCAUCUCACUUUAACACUACAUCAAACAAGAUUGAGCAUGUCUGUAUGUGUUGCCAAGAAAAAGAGGUUGUUGAAAAGACGGUGGACCUUGACUGUGGGAAUGAAAAGACUGAAGCAUACACGUACACAUACAUCAUGUCAUGUGACUGCAGUGGGAACAUCUGUCAAAAUGAAAUAUACCAUAAUCUCAGAUGAAUGAGCUGAAUCUUGAACUUCCAAAUUUAAUUCAAUUUACAACUAAGUUUUGAAAAUAAGUUUCAAUUCAUUUCUUUUAAUCAAACACUACAGAAGACCAAAUAAGAUAUAAUGAGAAACAAGUAAAUUUUAGCUACUAUUCAAAUUAGGAUACAGUGAUCUUUUUAACGCCUUUGUUUUAUAAACUUGUCUAUGUUUUCAAAAUUACCUAUAACUGUCAAUAAAUAACUUCAAGCAACAAA